UGCGCCGCCCCCGCCCCGCGGCCGCGCAGCGCCGGGCGGGCUCUGGCGGGGCGCCAUGGCGGAGCGCGGGGCCUGAGGCGGCGCGGGGCGCCAUGGAGGCGGAUUUCGCCGCCUUCGGGAGCCCGCUGUGCGGCGAGGUCAAGCGCUUCUGCAGGCGGGUGCGGGAGACCUACCGGGAGAUCAAGGAAGACCUCACCCCCUACAAGGAUGACCGCUACUACCGGCUGGCACCGAUGCGAUUAUAUACACUGUCCAAACGGCAUUUUGUUCUGGUCUUCGUAGUAUUCUUUGUUUGUUUUGGUCUGACAGUCUUCAUAGGAAUAGCAGGUCCUAAUGUAAUUGAAACUUCUGUAGCAAGAACUGACUUAAAUAACAGCCUAAAGCUGAAGCCAUUUAAUUUAAGUUCACCACCACUGUCCACUUACAAUCAGCAGCUGUGGCUGACCUGCAUUGUUGAGCUGGAUCAGCAUGAGGGAUCCCUCAAAAAAAAUGUUACUAUGACAGUCAAAGUACUUGGAGUGGUGAAGGACGGAAGCACACCAUAUGUUAAUAAUCAGGUUCACAAUCGGACAAGAUUACUCAGUUGUGCACAAAAAUGCAGUGAAAUAAUUGUUGCUCACCUUGGCUACCUGAACUACACUCAGUAUAACGUAUUUGUUAGCUUUGAAGAUCUAAAUAAGUUGACAUACACCAUCCAGAAUAUUACUUUCACAUGGAAGACCUACAAUCCAACUUUUUCACAAGUGGAAAUAUGGUUCCGAUUUGUCUUUGUCGUUCUUACUUUUAUGGUCACGUGUCUGUUUGCACAUUCCCUGCGGAAAUUCUCUAUGAGAGACUGGGGUAUUGAACAGAAAUGGAUGUCCAUCCUCCUUCCCCUCCUGCUACUUUACAAUGAUCCAUUUUUCCCCCUUUCCUUUCUGGUGAACAGCUGGUUUCCUGGAAUGCUGGAUGAUCUAUUCCAGUCACUGUUCCUGUGUGCGUUGUUGCUGUUCUGGCUUUGCGUCUACCAUGGUAUAAGAGUACAGGGGGAAAGGAAGUGCUUAACUUUCUAUCUGCCCAAAUUCUUUAUUGUUGGACUAUUGUGGCUGGCCUCUGUUACAUUAGGAAUAUGGCAAACUGUUAAUGAAGUACAUGAUCCUACAUAUCAAUACAGGGUUGACACGGGUAAUUUCCAGGGAAUGAAAAUCUUCUUCCUUGUGGUGGCAGCUGCAUAUAUUCUCUACCUUUUGUUCCUGAUAGUGAGGGCAUGCUCAGAACUUCGCAACAUGCCUUAUGUGGAUCUCAGGUUAAAAUUCUUGACUGCAUUAACCUUUGUUGUACUUGUCAUUAGCAUUGUUAUACUCUAUCUACGCUUUGGAGCACAGGUUCUACAGGACAACUUUGUUGCUGAGCUGUCGACUCAUUAUCAGAAUUCAGCAGAAUUCUUAUCAUUUUAUGGUUUAUUGAACUUUUAUCUCUACACAUUAGCCUUCGUGUACUCCCCCUCAAAGAACGCACUUUAUGAAUCACAGUUGAAAGACAAUCCUGCUUUUUCUAUGCUGAAUGAUUCAGAUGAUGAUGUGAUUUAUGGGAGUGACUAUGAAGAAAUGCCACUUCAGAACGGUCAGGCUAUUAGGGCCAAGUAUAAAGAGGAAUCGGACAGUGAUUGAGUGAUUUUGACGUAGACAGACUUGUUCAGCUGGAAUUAAACCAAUUUAAGUUUUCUUAGAUGGACAACUUCCUUGGCUUCCUUACAGUCUGCUGUCAUCUGAACACCGGCUCCCAGGAAGGAAAUCCUGCUUCUGUUUUUGUUUACAAAGCUAAAACUGAAAAAAAGGAUGCUUGAAAAGGUUGUGGUGAAAACUUAAGAAACCAGAAUUUUUACACAUCUUAUAAAAUGCCUGAUAGCAGGAUGUUUGUGGACUAAAAUCUUUAAGUCUAUUUCCAUUUUAGAAGUGUCACAUUAUAUGCUGAUUUUAAAAUUGCUUCCUUGCUGCAGCUUGGUUUUUUGGUUUUGUUUUUGGGGGUUUUUUGAGGAUUCUGUACAGCAUACUGUCAUUCAUCUGUUCUAUUUGUGUUAGCUCCUUUGCAUAUUGUCCACUGCUGUAUGAAGUGCCUCAUUUCCUUUUCAUUUUUCUACCUUAGCCUGUUGAGCUGGAGGCAGGGGAGGCAGGGAAUGAAGUGUUUUAGUGUUUUGUUUUUUGUUUUUUUUUUAAAAUGUGAGUAAACAUGAGCUUUCCAUUCUUCCUUUGAAGAAGCGAUAUAGUCUUAAAACAUUUUCUAAAUGAACGUUACCAGAUUCAUAGGUGCGAGAUACAUACAAAUAGUCAAUUUCUAGUGAGCCAAAAUAGCCUCAGUGGUGCAAAAUCAUUUGUAUAAUAUGUUUCUUAACAGGCUUUACUGCCACAACAAAAGUGUUCAUUUCAGUUUUUGGUUUGUUUUUUUAAGCAGCCCUUUCAAAUGGUAAUAUUCAGACAGCAACAAAUCUCAGAAGGAAGCCAGUACUCUCUUCUCCGGGUUUUUUAUAUGCUGGAUGAUAUUGUUGCAUUUACAGAUAAUAUAGUAUGAAAGUUUCAUAGUGAAUUACAAUUUCAAAUUUUCAAACAUUUAAUUUUUAGGGGCUUUUCUACAUCAGAAUUUUUCCUUAAGUUGAAUUAAUAGAUAGUUAAUCUACACCCUAGGAACAAUUUGUGGUUGCUUAUGUGUUGAACAUGCAUGAGAGAGCUUUUGAGAUGUUCCGUGCAUAGUUCAACUUCUUUGUCAUACCAGUCACCUCCUGCAUUGAUCAGAACUUACUAGCACAUUUUGUGAUUAUCUGUGUUCCAGCCUGUGCUGGAACAAAGUUAUACGGGAAUUAAGUAUUCCUAGUACAAUGCUGCUGCUUCUCUGUUUCAAAGUUGGUUUCGCCUACACCAUCAUUCAGUUCUUUAUUUAAGUGGAUACUGUUUGUUUCUAAUUACUUUUGUUUUCAGGUACUUGACCUGUUUGAAAGUAUCUUUUUUUCAAUGGAUUUGUAACUGUGAUUUACUCUUGUAAAAUUUCUCUGCCCUGCUGCUGUAGAAGACUCUCAAAAGCACUGUUAACGUAUUAGGCAGAAAAAAUGGUGCUGGCUUACACCAGGGAAUUGUGCUCAUCACUGAAGUAGUUUAAGCAGAAGAGUGCUAUGAAGUCCUACUAGACUUGCUGAAUUGUGCUGGGGAGAAAGUAAGACUUGUUCUGCUUUGAUGCAAUAACUGUUCUGGACCAUUCCCAUUGCAGUGACCUCCUGGUAGCUGUUCAAGAUCGUGAAGGGGAGACCUCACAGGAUUAGCAGUUUUCUUAGAGAGGACCAAAGGAACUACUUCAUGUGGUUGAAUGUGGUCAUAGAAUAGUUUAGAUUAAAUCAGCGCUCUGUUAAAGACCAAGUGUGGUAAGAUGCUGCGUGUGUGUGUGUGAGAGAGAAAAUUUUCUAAAAUUAUGUAGAGCUGUGAAAUUUUUUGAGGGUAUUUGAAAUUAAAAACUUUCUGUACCAGGGAUCAUUUAUUUGUGAGAAGCCAAAGCACUUUUGUAUGACUAAAGCAAGGAAACUGCUGGAGCGGGAGGAGGGGGAGGUUUUUCCCCUUCAUUUCUUGAUUAAUUGGUUUCGGUUUAGAAAAGCAUAUAGGAAAACAUGAAAGAAGUAUUUCAAGUUAGUGUUUUUUUCUUUCCAGUGAACUGCAGUAAGCUGUACCUUCAGCACCUUCAUUUUAGAUAUUUUUUUUAACAAAUAUGGGAGAUGAUCUUUGUAUCCUACAAGUGGAGAGCCCAUUCUCACUAUUCUGAAGUGACUCUCUUGAGGCUUUUUGAAUUUGCUGAAUCAAACUUGGGAGCCAACUAGGCAUCCUUUGCAUACCCCAAUCCUUUUGACUUCCAUUGGAGCAACAGUGGGUACAGGAAUUAGGUCUUCAAAAAUUGUUAUUUACAUGGUCCUUACAUAUUCAGAUCUCUUUUGGCUCUGAUAUCAUUUAAUUCUGUUCUGAAGAGAGAAAAUCUUUGAUUUGACCAAUGUGCGAUGUAUACUAAUAUUUAUCACAGCCUGAACUGGUUGUUACAGUUAACCCUGAAAUACAGUAUCAUGCUUUGGGAUUUUAUUAACUAAAGGAAAUAUUUUUAAUCUAACUUUGAGAUAAUGAUUUUUUUUGUCUAAACUGUUCUCAGCCCAUUUCACUUGCCAUUUUGUUUCCAUUAACUUACCUACAUCACUACAUUCAGAGUGGAAACAAGAAAGCUGAGAAUGGGAAAUGUAUACUUUAAGUGUCUCACUAUGGAAAUAGUGAGAAAAUACAUUUCCUUGUUAAUUUUUAGAGAAUAUAUUUUAGGAAAUGUUUGCCAUGCAUAAGAGCUUUGUAUUUCAGAAGUGCUAGAGUGUAACGGUAAGCUUGGUUGAAAUAUUAUUACAUCAAAUUCAAUAUACAGUAAAAAGGCAAAAGCAGUGAAGCAGAAACAGUUUUGCUAGCAAGAAAUCUCAAUUUCACUCUUAUUUCCACAGCUGGUAAGCAGAGACAGUAUCUGAGCAAUAUCACAAUAUGGAUUGUAAACAGCUUGGGAGUAGGUGGCAUGAAUUCACCUAUAAGUAUUGUAACCUAAGGGUGAAACAGAAGAUAUCUUGGCAAGAAGCUAGCCUCACUUUCCUUUCCUUACUGCUAAAGUAAUUGUUUCCAUCACUAGUGGAACUGUAUAACAAGAAAUAUACGAAAGGCUCCCAAAGCAGCAUACAAUGUUCCUGCUCUAAAGGAGAUGCCCUCCAUCUAUUAAAUAACUGCAAGGUUUCCAUGUACACAAUGAUCAAGAGUGACUUUCAAUGAAACCAAUAAUCAUUCAGCAUGAGCCAUUCACAGCAACCACUUUCUGUAGUAGUUGCUUUGAAAAUAGAGUUGGUGUUGGAUUUGGUUGGAAGCUUUCCUAGGACUGGCAAACAAAAGGAAGCAUAAGGCUUAACACCAGUAAAGAAGAGCUAGCGCGGCAGACCCCUGGCACUAACACUGGGGGAAAUGGGAGGACAGUUCCAGCUAGGAAAGACUUUGGUCUGUUGUCUUUCUCUGAGCCAAAAGACAACUUUGUAUCCAUAGUCACCUAAUUUUUGCCCCGUUUCCUUUUGCUUAUGCCAGUAAUAACCUUUGCAUUACUGUAACACUUUUUUUAGAAGUUUGUAAAUAUGUAAAAUGAAAACAUGGAAAAAAUUGUGUACCAAAAUGGUAUAAAAAUGUGUAAGAUAAAUGCUCUGUUUAAUGAGAAGCUGUAAUUAAAUGCUGCUUUGAGACAGUGUGUGUGAGGACAUGUUAAAUAUUCUACGUAUCUAUACAUUGUUAAUGACAGCAAAUUUACCCAUUUAUGUCUGAAAACUUCAUGCUAAUAUGGAAUAUGAAGGAAAAACUAAUACUUCAAGUGAAAACUGGGUAUUGAGUUUCUUGGAAGACUUCAUGUGCAUAAUCAUUGUUAAAUAUGUUCAUAAUAAAGUUUUGUAUCUUUA